UGAAUUGGAUGUUUCUUCAACAAACUUCUCAAUCUCACAUAUUUAUAUAAAUACUAGAAAAUAAAGCAAAGUCAGUCCCCUUUUGUCUACACCAAAAACACUUCAAAUUUUCUCCUCUUUUCUUCUCUAAAACUCAAUAUAUAUGAUAAGAAGUACUGAAAUAACUUGAGAAUGGCUUAUUUAACAUCUUGUUGGUUUAUUGUUGAGACAGUCAUAAUCCCAGAUGGAUUAAUUAAGAAGUGGUUUUGUUUAAGCUUUUUUAUCCAUCCUUUAAUCCUUUUCUUUUGCCAAAUUUUUCUCUGGCUCAAACUUCUAAUACAAAUCCUUCUAUAUGUAUUACUAUUCCCUUUUAGAGCCAUUUAUGUUAUUUGUUUGUGUAUAUUUAGAGUUUUUAAAAAAUGUAUUAUUGUCUGUCUUUUUUCAUUGACAAGAUUAUUUAAAAGUGUUGAAGUUGAUGAAGACUUGGUUGAUCAUGAAUAUUAUUAUGAAACUCAACCAAGUUUUGACUUUUAUAACCAUGAAAUAGAUUAUUUUUUUACCUCCAUGAAAUGUUGCAAGGUGAAACUUCUUGAGUUUGAGGAAGAUCAUGAAUUUGAAGACACCAUAGAUUAUGCAGAUGAUGAUGUAAUUGUUAAUAAUAGUAGUAAUAAUAACAAUGGAGAGAGUCUAUUUUAUCUAUGUGAUGUUUCAACUAGGAAUUAUAAGGAGAAGUACUUGUUUUUGGGGUCCAACACAGAUGAAAAUUCAAGUCAGAUUCAGGGGAAUCAUGAAAACAUGUUCUAUCCAAGUCAAGAGAACUUGAUUUGUGGUGGCUCAAACUCACAAGACAGAGCAGAUUCACCACCAUCCUCUGAUUUUCGAGUACUACAAGUCGAAAGACAAGAUGAUAAUUCAUCAGAUGGAUUAUUCUACAAGAUUUAUGCUGAGAGAAUGAGAUGGUUUGAUGUACUAAACUAUGAGAGAACUUGUGGAAUGAGUGCAAUAAUGCAGAACAAGGAGAUUGUUGAUUGUGGAGUGAACAAAAUUAGUAAAACAAGGCUUUUGAGAAGUAUAGAGAAUGACUUUGAAAUGGUUUAUGUAGCUCAAUCAUGCUUGUCAUGGGAGAUUCUUAAUCAUCAAUACAAAAAGGUCAAAGAAGUAGUAAUCAAUAUGGGUGGUGGUGAUGAUGAUGAUGAUCAUAACAACAUGUAUUGUAGUAAUGUGGCAACUGAAUUCCAAAAGUUUCAAGUUGUUUUGGAGAGAUUUAUGGAAGAUGAACAGUGUGAGGGAAAAAGAGUUUGGAAUUUUGUUAGAGCAAGAUUUUCUCUUAAAAGUCUUCUCCAAGUCCCAGCCGUUUCAGUGAAAGGCUUGAAGGAGUAUGACAAGGAAGAAAUGAGAGGAGAAGGUACAAAUUUAAACCAAGUGUUGAAAGCCAUAGAGGAUUGCAUACAAGCUUUUUCAUUGUUUGUCAAAACAGAUAACAUCAAAAAGCCUUGGUGGAAAAUCAAAAACUCUCCUUGGGCUUAUCCACCUGUGGAAGACCCAAGAGAUUUAGAGCUUUUAGCCCAACUCAACAAGAGACUCCAAAAGAGCAAACUAUGGAUGAAAGAUUUAGAAGGGAAGAAGAGGUGUUUGGUAAAGAGGGUAGUGAAGCCUUUGGAAGAGUGUGAAAGAGAAGAGAUGUUGUUGACAAUGAUAGAUCUGAGUCUUGUGUCAAGGGUUCUUCAAAUGUCCAUGGUUUCCUCCUCUCACCUUAAAUGGUGCCAACAAAAGCUACAUAACAUUGAGUUCAAAGAUGGCAAAGUAGUGAGGACAUCUACUCACUCCCUAUUCCCACCUUAACCAAGAUAUUUACUGCAUAAUAAGAACCCAUGUAAAUAUGUAUAAGUACUGUAAAUGCAUGCAAUGCAAUCUAUUAAGUUAGUCUAGAGACAACACAAACUACAAAAUCAGUUGGAUUUGUAGAAAGUGGUAAACAUGUUUUACUGUUUUACCAAAAUAAAUUUUACUUUGUUGUCCCA